AUGCAGAAGCAGGAACAGAAGAAUUUGGGGAGAAGGUGGAGCUCUGGGUCCCGCAGCGAAGCAACGCCGUCCUUGGUGUACAAAGUCCAAGUCGCCACCGGAAAGCUCUGGGGUUCGGCCACCUUCGACUCCGUCUCCAUCACCCUGGUGGGCUUAAAGGGGGAAAGCCCCAAGCAGCUGCUGGAUAAGACCGGGAAGGACUUCAUCCACGGGGCGGUGGACAACUACGAGAUCCUGAGCGACCGUGACCUGGGUCCCCUGCUUUUAAUCCGUCUCCACAAGGAACCGUAUCAAUUUUUCCCCGAGGAUCCCUGGUUCUGCGACUUCGUCCAGCUGACCACGCCGGAUGGCCAGAUUUUCCAUUUUCCUUGCUACCAAUGGCUCGAGGGCUACCGGACCCUGGAGCUCAGAGAGGGGACAGGUGAGAUCAUCCAAUCUAUCCCCAAGGGAGGGCGUCUGGAGAUCCGGCUAAAAGGCUUAAUGAGCUACCACGAAUCCUGGAAAAGACUUGAGCACAUCCGCAAGAUUUUCUGGUUCAACAAGACUUUGGUUUCAGAGUACGUGGCUGAUCACUGGGAAGAAGAUACCUUUUUUGGCUACCAGUAUCUGAACGGGGUCAACCCUGUGGUGAUUGAGAAGUGCACCGAGAUCCCGGCCAACUUCCCGGUGACCCAGGAGAUGGUCGCCGAGUCCCUUGGAAAAUCCACCACCCUCUCGGAAGAAUUGCAGAAGGGGAACAUCUUCCUAGUGGACUACAAGAUCCUUCAAGGCAUUCCGACCAACCUCAUCAAUGGGGAACAGCAGUAUCUGGCCACCCCUUUGUGCCUCUUCCACCAGAGGUCAUCUGGGGAUCUCGUACCCAUCGCCAUCCAGCUCAGCCAAGUCCCCAGUCCUGAAAACCCCAUCUUCCUUCCCAGUGACCCACGCUGGGAUUGGACCUUGGCUAAGAUGUGGGUCCGCAAUGCCGAUUUCCACAUCCACCAGAACAUCUCCCACCUGUUGAAGACCCACCUGAUGGCCGAGAUCUUCACCAUGGCAACUCUAAGGCACCUCCCCAUGUGCCACCCAGUUUUCAAGCUCCUGAUUCCUCACCAAAGAUACACACUUCAGAUCAACAUAUUAGCCAGGAUCCGGCUCAUCAGGAAAGGUGGCAUGAUGGAUCAGGCCACCUCGGCCGGAUUCGAAGGCAUCGGCACCUUGGUGAGCAGAGGAGUGGAGCAGCUGACUUACUCUUCCCUCUGCCUGCCGGAGGACAUCAAGGCCCGUGGAGUGGAGUCUGUCGCCAACUAUUAUUACCGAGAUGACGCCAGCAGGCUCUGGGCUGCCAUAGAGAGCUUCGUGGCGGGCUUCGUCCGAUAUUACUACUGGAACGACGACCGGAUCCGCGGUGACUCCGAGCUGCAGGCCUGGAUUCGGGAGAUCUUCAAGGAAGCGUUCCAGAGCCAAGAGGCGUCAGGGGCUCCCUCAUCCCUGACCACCGCGGAGGAGCUGACCAAAUUCCUGACCAUGGUCAUUUUUACCUGUUCAGUUCAACAUGCUGCAGUCAACAGCGGGCAGAGAACUCUGGGCUUCUACCCAGACCGCCAUUUUGUGGAAGAGGAGCCCAAGAGGCUCAUGGAGGCUUUUCAGACACGCCUGGCGGACAUUUCCGAGCAGAUCAACCAGCGGAACCAGGCGCUGGCUCUCCCCUACGAUUACCUCAACCCCACCUGCGUGGAGAACAGUGUCUCCAUCUAGCCUCAC